GUCCUGAAGGGUUAAAACUGUCAUAAGUGAUAAUAAUUUAUAAAAAUUAAUGAGUUUAUAAAAUGGUGUUAUUAACAACAAAUUAUAUUGAAAAAGAGUGUGCUCGUACACAAUAUUUUAAAUCUUUAACAAAAGGAAUAUCGAAAAAUAAUUUACGUAAAAUGACACAUCUUUAUAUGAAUGAUAAAUUUGUUGAUGCUAUUGGAAAUUUAUCUGGUUGGAAAAAUUUACGAGUAAUAUAUUUGCAAAAUAAUAGUAUUUCAAAAAUAGAAAAUUUACAAUUUACCACCAAUCUAACUCAUUUAUAUCUUCAACAUAAUAAUAUUUACAAAAUUGAAAAUUUAAAUAAUUUAUAUCACUUAAAAUGUUUAUUUAUUGGAUACAAUAAUAUUUGUGUAGUUGAAGAAAUGGAAAAUUUGGAAAAUUUAAUUGAAUUAAAUAUUGAAAAUCAACGGCUUUUAACUGGAGAAUCACUUAUUUUUGAUCCAAAAAGUCUAAAUUCUUUAUCGUGUAAAUUGAAAAUUUUAAACGUUACUGGAAAUAAUAUAUGUUACUUGAAGCCGCUUAGCUGUUUGUAUAAUUUAGAAAUUUUAAUAGCUAAAAAUAAUAAUAUAAGUGAAAUAAUUGAUGUAAUUAAAACAGUUAAAGUAUUAAAAUCACUAGUGGAACUGCAAUUGGAAAAUAAUCCUGUUACUUAUAAACUUAGAUAUCGAGAAAAUGUUAUUGCCAACAGCUGUUCGUUAAAAAUAUUGGAUGGGAAAUCAAUAUCUCAAAUGAAUAAAUAUUUUUUAAAUAAAUUAAAAAAUAAAAAACAAUCACAGUUGGCACUGAGAAAAACACAUAACAAAAUCAGUUUAAGCGAUGACAUUAAAACUUCUUUAAAUUUACCACCGGCAUUUGAACGAUCAAUAUCAAGAGCAAUACUUGAACCAGGCCCAAAACUAUCGAUCAGUGUUAAUUCAGCUAUAGCAUUAAAUGAUAAACUUCAAAUAUAUCCAUCAUGGACAUCCACCUCUGCGAUUGCUGGAAAAAAAGAUAAUCAUUUAACUCCAAGGCCUUUUUGGAAGUCAGUCAAUCCAAGGCAGAAACAUCAACAUAAUCAUCUAAAAUUUUUACACGUUCAUUCUCAAGCUGUAAUAAUUCCAUGUCUAAAUAAAAAAUAAUUAUAUAUCAUCCUCAAUAAAGGAUUGAAAUUUAAUUAAGAUUUAAAAAAAAAAAAAAAAAACAAAUUCUAGAAUUAUCUACAUUUUUUAGACACAUGACAUUGUAACUAUGUAAUAAAUAAUAUACAAAUUUUUACAAUUUAAACAAAGUGUUUAUUGAGCAAAAAUGCUCGUUGCUUUAAUUAUCGUCGUAUAUAUUUAUAUAUAUAUAUAUAAAUUCACAUUUUUUUUAUUAUAAUUGUCAAAGAAAACGCAGUUAAACAGGAUGUAUAACAAUUUAAUUAUAUAAUAUAUCGUCAUAUAUGUAUGCAUAUUUUCAAUUAAAUUAAUUUCGAAUUUUUUUUUUAUUUUAUUUUAAUAAAUCUUUUAACAAUUCUAUAAUCAACGGGUGAUUUUUUUAUAUGAAUUAGUUUUAUUUUUUCUAUUUAGCGUCAAUGACUUUAACAUUGUUAAAUAAAGACAGUAUAAUAAUUAUUUUUAAUUUGUUUUUCUUUAUAUAUAAAUAGUAUUAAGCACUGAUAAAAUA